GUUGAAAAACACUGAAAUCAACCGCAAAAAACAACACUAAUCAAAUACCAGAAAAAGGCACUCUCGUUUGAUUCUUCCGUCCCCCAAAUCUAGACUGCGCCACACCGCCAUGACCGAUCACCCCCGGCUCAGCCACCUCCGAACGACGACCCGACUCUUCAAGCAAACCACCGCGACCUUCACCUCCAAUCUUUUCGCAUUCCUCUUCCUCUCUUUACUCCUCUUCUGUUUUCGUACCCUCGUCGAGAAUGGGACCCACCUUCUUACCUCCUUCAUCGACCGAGAUGCAUCCCUUAAGUCCCUGCUCUCCCGUCUUGACCUUGCCGGCCACCAGCAGCAGCAGGACCUCCAACAUCUUCACCACCACCAUCGCUUGCGUCAUCACCGUCGUCCCUUUCUUCACCUCACGCGCGUGGGAACCCUAGAUGAUGGCUUCUUCUCUGGAGAUGACGUCCCCCUCUUUGGGUCCCAACGCAAGAGCUCCGUCAAUGCCAGUUAUGUGAUUCUCUCGAACUUUGAUACCAGAUUGGGAUUCUCUCAGCAUGUCGUCGAUAAUGGAAUCAGAUACCCUGUGGUCGUCCGCUCCGGUAUUACUUUCAAAGCCCCAACUUCUCAUUUUGAUAAAGAAAGUGAUGAUUUUAGUUAUGUUAACGAUAAAGAUGGUGUUAAUGCUAAUGAGCAAGAUAGCAAAGAAAAAGAGAAUGGAUCAAUUAACCUAGACAAAGGUCAAGAUUUCGAGAGGGUUGUGGAUUUUCAGUUCUUUAUAAAGGGAUUGGACCUUGGUCGCCGGGAUGCAGCAGCUUUGUUUUUCCUUGUUUCUUUAUUAUCUGCUGCUUAUGGCUGGGUGAUUCUAGGGUUUACUGCUAUAUAUUCAUGGGUUUUAGGCGUUGUUUUUAUCACCGUUGUUAAUGAUCUGUUAGGGAGGUUUAGUUCAUUUCUUGGACUCUUAUGGGAUGGUUCUAGGCUGGGUCUUAAGAGGCUAACUGGGUUCAUCCUCAUGAAAUGGGCUGUUAGGGAUGCAUUGACUCAGCUUCUUGGAUUGUGGUAUUUUGGUGAAAUUGAGGACCAGUACUCUUUCUUUAAGCUCUUUGUCAGGUUGAAAUUGAUGCCGUUCUCAGUUAUGUCUCCAUGGAUUAAGGGUUUUGAGAAGGAGAUUUCAGGGUUUUUGUUUACCUGGUUUUUGUUGGAUACGUUUGUGGCUUUUAUAUUUGCAGUAGAUGGCUGGAUUGCCAUAGUGGAUCACAGGAGAAGUGGAAGAGAGAUAGUGAAGGAAGGUUGUUAUUUGAUAUCAACUAUGAUGAACCAAGCCAUACAAAUAAAGUGUUUUGAAGCUAUACUUUGUGGUUCUUUUGCAAGAUGGGUCUUGACUAGACUUUUUGGGAAAUUUCUUGCUGCAGUUUUCCAGUCAGUUGUGGAGGUUUACUUUAUGGUGGCUUGGCUUAUAUUCUAUUUUGUGGCAAGGAGUAGGGAUGCUAAUUCGGAAGGUAGGAGGUUUGGGCGUAGAGAAUUGGAGGGCUUAGUUGAGGGCCUUAGAUGAUACUCAGUGGUGAUUAAGGUCACAGCUAUUUGUAUUGCGGGCUUCUACAGUAAUGGUAAAAAAGCAAUGCAGUAAAACUUUUAGUGCUUUUUUGUCUCCAGCAUUGCAUCCCCAGCGAUUCAGCCUGGCAUCAUUUGAAGUAUCACCAGUCACCAACAAUGUGUUGUAUGUACUUUUACCAAGAAGCAAUAUACUACAUGUGUAUAUUUUCCAUGGAAUGCUUCAUGUGUAUAUUUUCUUGCCACUAUUUUUCAAAUAUUCUUCAAUAUCUUCCUUCUCUCUAAAUAAUUUAUAGUGUGAGGAAUCUUUUGAAUGCUGCAUUUAGAACAGAUUCUCAUUGUUGUGUUUUUUUUUUUCAAAAGUUGAUCUUCAUGGUCUUUAUAUGGCAUAGAACUCAUAAAAGUAUAAAUAGAAUGGAGCAGAAAUUUGCAUUGGUUCUA